AUGGUCCGCCUCACCACCCUCGCGCUUCUCCUCCUCAGCGCCCUCACCACAACCCAGGCAUGCACCUACUGCCAAUGCGAGUUCUCGAACAGCGGCCACUGCUGCGUCUACUCCGACGCAAGCAUCGGCGAGCUGGACUGCGCGUCCGUCUGCGCGAAAGCUCACCGCGCUGAUGGCGCCAGCAACGCCGACGGCACGGCGGGUACGGCGUGUAAUGCCGGGGGCAAAUAUGAGUGUAUCAGUGCCUUUACGGCGCUGGAUCGGACGCCGUGCUAUACAGAGUGA